AACUUAAAGGUAGCUCGUCAUUCGCACGUGGGCCUUCGUUCGUGACGGAUGUGUGCGCGCGCCAAGGAGAACCGCCAAUUGCAAAGACACACCGUCGGUUAACCACGGGUGGUACGUGUCGGCAACAGUGUAAACCCGCGGGCGAGAAAAUUUCCAUUUAGACGUGCGAAUUUUCGUGUAGUCGCAUCUCGACGGUGAUAGCGACUUCGAGCAACGCGGUUCCGCUCCAAAAGCGAGAGCAGUUGUUAUCCGUGGUGCAUUGUUUGAUAUACGCGACAUCGAUUUUUUGAUCGUCGGAUCGCUCAUUGUCGAUCCCGCUAAAGGAGUUCCACUGGUGCUUUUCAUUGGGAUUAAUCACGAUAUCUACACAGUGCGACUAACAUCGGUGGAACGAGAGAGGUCUCAAAGUUUCCGAUCGCCUAAAUGCUGCUGAGCCUGUGACGUUGAUUAACGUUCGUGCCAAGUACCAAAGAAGGUGUCAAAAUUGAGCAAGUAGUUCUUUCAUCCGGCGGUGAUCUCGCCAAAAUUUGGAGGAUGUUGAUGCCUGGUGCCACGGGUCUCAGCACCGUCGGCACUGUUGGUGCCGUGGGGGCGCCAGGGCCGGACGAGUUGGUCUCGAGCCUGGGCGCUUUGACUGGCACCACACCCCAACAGAAGGACACCACCUGGACGAAACUUUUCGUCGGUGGUUUGCCCUACCACUCCACCGACAAAAGUCUCAGGGAACACUUCAACGUCUACGGAGACAUCGAGGAAGCUGUCGUUAUCACGGACAGGCAGACUGGAAAAAGUAGAGGCUAUGGUUUCGUGAUCAUGGGAGACAGACCGGCAGCGGAGAGGGCGUGCAAAGAUCCCAACCCCAUAAUCGACGGUCGCAAAGCAAACGUCAACCUGGCCAUUCUUGGAGCUAAGCCCAGGGGUAAUCUACAAGCGACAUUCCCGUUCGCUGCUGGCAUCCGAGCUGGAUACCCCACGGUUCUUCCUGGCCAAUAUGGGGUGCCACCGGGUUACGUGUAUCAGUCGCCGUACCUGGCGACCGCGGCGCCAGGUGGUUUGGUACCGCUUCCGGCAACACAGUUGACCCACGCCGCGGCAAUGGCGGCGGCGUCCCAAUUUUACGAGUAUCAGAACGCCGCUGCAGCGGCCGCCAGUUAUCCGGGGACAUCGUACAAUUUCGCCGAGGCUUAUCCGUAUACCAGCGCCGCCGCGGCCGGUAUGUGUUUGAAAAGUGUCCAGAGCAAGGACAGCAACGGGCUGAUACACCACCAUCAGCAGCACACCGGCGGCAGCCCCGCGGUGCUGGCCCACCAACGAUUGGAGAAAGCUCUCCUGCCGCCCUUUCUGCCGUCCUUGCUACGUAGCAACGCAAACGCGGCAGCGGCUAGUUACGUGACACCCUAUACGUACGCGGCGCUACCAGGUGCAGCAGGGUUGCCUGCAGCCGCGGCCGCAGCUGCAACGGCGGCGGGUGCCGCGUUCCCAGGUCUCCCGUACCAAACAACGCCCCAAGAAGCGAGAUUGCAGUAGAACUCGGGGCCCAACCAUCGCUGGGAAUCCCAGUGUCGCCACCGUCGCGACUCAAAACUCGAUCCUCGCCGCAACGAACUUGAAAUCCUCGCCAGACGCCUUUCAUCGAAGACACCGUGCGACCACCCCCCCCCCCCCCAACCAUUAGUUUGUCAGCUGUUCUGGAGUUUCGUUCCGCGUUUUCACGAGUUCAUAUCUUCUUCUCUUUUCUGGAAACGGCGCACCGUCGGAGAAAACACGAGAACGAGGACGACGCCCACGCCGUGGCUGCUCAGGAUCGACGACUCGCGGUUUCUUACUUAAUCUUUAAAUCUUCCCCACCUUAAUCUUCCUUUGCCACGUUCUCCUUUGUAGGGCCAACAUUGGCGCGCUCAGCCAAUUAGUACUCGAAGAUACGAGACGUUUACGAUUAUUUAUAAUUAAGGAAGCACGAAUAGAGGCUUUUCUUCGAUAGAUGCGCGCGCGCGCGCGGACUUCCCGUCACGAAUUGUAGUUUGCGAUUACUGAUCACUCGGGCGAUUGUCAAUGAUUGUAAACGAAAUGUUUCGGUAAUCAAUGGCUCAGUCAAUGGAAGACCGAUCCGUAUUCAGAAUUGAUAGAUACUACACUCGACCUGUAAUCUCGAGGCGUUGGCAGGAUUCGAAGGCACGUUUCUUCCAGUAUUCGACGAGGAACCGUUUCGGCGUUCUUCGUGGUCCGUUAUCGCGAUUUUGCUGCGAUCUUCCAGAGAGGGAGAUUUCUGACGGUGUCGUUUCGGCGCUUUCGUCGGAUAUCUUUUCUGAAUAUCGGUCGAAGCGUGCGGAAAUGCUUUAGAAUCAAACGGUUGUACAUGAUGAACGAAACCACGUGACGACGACGGAAAUUAUUGGGCUGACUCAUCAAUAACUUCCAUUUUUUAAUUAACAAUUUACUUACAAAUAUAUUUUUACCAGACUGCGAAUGUUUAUGCACAGUUUCACAGACACUGAAAAUGAAAUUAAUCUUAAAUUAUUGCGUAUCUUAUCUUCUCAUAGAUUUUCCAUUACUUCCCUUCGACGUACAUGCAUAAACGUCUGCAGUCUAAUUAUCGCAUAAUAAAUCUUAAUCAAUUUUACGAUCACAACAGAAGUUAUUUAUGA